AUUUCAAUGCCAAGGGACAAUUCAUCAAGUGCUCCCAACCCUUGCCUACUAGAGACCAGUGUACUGUCCCAUUCCCCCCUCUGAGUAGCCACGACAUUUUAUUUCCCGAGCACCCCUGAUCGAUACCAGCCAUGGCAAACCUUAGCCAGCUCAAGCGCCGGACCAGAGCCGAUUACCCCUACAUUCUUGAGUACCGAACGCGAUGGACCGACAAUGACAUGUACCACCACAUGAAUAAUUCCAUCUAUAACUUCCUGUACGACUCGGUCAUCAACACCUAUCUCAUAGAACACUGCGGGCUUAAUCCGCAAUCUUCUCCGCAAUAUGGGAUGGUUGUCCACUCCCAUAACGACUACUUCUCGUCCAUCUCCUUCCCCUCACGUGCAGAGCUUGCGUUGCGCGUCAACCGAAUCGGAAACUCGAGCGUCACUUACGAGAUCGCCCUAUUCGAGCAUGGUAAAGAAGCUGUCAAGUCAGUUGGGGAGUUUGUACAGGUGUUUGUUGAUCGUGACACCGCGAGGCCUAAUCCCAAGGGCAUGGACCCUAAGAUGAGACAAGGUCUUGAACGAAUCCUGGUUUCAGACCGGCAGAGCAAGCUUUAAGCUUAUGCCGGUCCCGUGAUCGAUGUCCGUAGGGGCAGGACGAGCUAGGGCGAACCUACGGAGCUUAUUAUAAGGAGUUCAUAGGAAGCUAAGCUAAGCUAAUAAUUAAGAACCUAUUAACUUGUUCUUAGUAAAGACAUUAAAGAUAUAGUGUAAGAGGGAUAGAGCACUAUAUAAUUCUAAACUUGAC